CUGACAGAUGAGCUGAAAAAUAAAAACAUUUCAUCACACUCGCCAUCAUGAGCUUAUUCGCGGUGUUCCGUAAUAUUCCUAAUCGUUUUGCAUACCGUCGAUAUGCUCGACAGCUAUCUAUUCUAUCGACUAAAAGGUCGUUUGUAUACAAGACCUUGGUGAAUUAUGAUCAAUGCGUAAAUGUUCCAAUUCAGCGAAACUUUAGCUCUAUGAACCCAAACGACUUCCUUGCGACGUCCCUAAUCGACUCCGCUACAUUCGAAGCGGUUUGUUCAGACACCCUAGAAUCACUGUGUGAAUACUUCGAGCAGCUUGUGGAGGAAACAAGCUCUCUAACAGCGGCUGAUGUUACGUAUGGCGACGGGGUGCUAACGAUUAAUUUCGGACAUCCACAUGGAACCUACGUUAUAAACCGGCAAUCACCGAAUAGACAAAUUUGGCUCAGUUCCCCCACGAGCGGACCCAAGCGGUACGAUUUUAUUCCGUAUGAGUCGGAAAGUGAUAAGGGAUUUUGGAUAUACAAACACGACGGAAUUUCACUACACGAGCUACUUCAGCGAGAGAUUAAAGUUAUUGUGCGAAAAGAGGUAGAUUUUUUAUCACUUCCUCACAGUAAGAGGAAAUAGAAACAUGUAUCUCCAUUAGCGUUGAUGAUAGAUAAAUGAUUGUUCUUUUCAAAUGAGAUUGAUAAACGAUA